AUGGCGGACCUGGAGGCGGUGCUGGCCGAUGUCAGCUACCUGAUGGCGAUGGAGAAGAGCAAGAGCACCCCGGCGGCCAGGGCCAGCAAGAAGAUCACCCUGCCCGAGCCCAGUAUCCGCAGUGUUAUGCAGAAAUACCUCGAGGAAAGGGGUGAAUUAACCUUCGACAAGAUCUUUCAUCAGAAAAUUGGAUUUUUGCUCUUCAAAGACUAUUGCAUGAAUGAGAUUGAUGAAGCUGUACCUCAGCUGAAGUUCUAUGAAGAGAUCAAGGAGUAUGAGAAGCUGGACUCGGAGGAGGAGCGGCUGUCGAGGAGCCGGCAGAUCUACGACACCUACAUCAUGAAGGAGCUGCUCUCCUGUUCCCACCCUUUCUCAAAACAAGCUGUAGAUCAUGUACAAACACAUUUAGCCAAGAAACAAGUGCCAGCCAGCCUUUUCCAGCCAUAUAUAGAAGAAAUUUGUGAUAGUCUCCGAGGAAAAAUAUUUCAAAAAUUUAUGGAAAGUGACAAGUUUACUAGAUUUUGUCAAUGGAAAAAUGUAGAGCUAAAUAUUCAUCUGACCAUGAAUGAUUUUAGUGUACAUAGAAUAAUAGGAAGAGGGGGAUUUGGUGAAGUGUACGGCUGCAGAAAAGCAGACACUGGAAAAAUGUAUGCAAUGAAAUGUUUAGAUAAGAAGAGAAUCAAGAUGAAACAAGGAGAAACAUUAGCCUUAAAUGAAAGAAUUAUGCUGUCUCUUGUCAGUACAGGAGACUGUCCUUUUAUAGUCUGUAUGACCUAUGCCUUCCACACCCCUGACAAGCUCUGCUUCAUUCUGGACCUCAUGAAUGGAGGAGAUUUGCACUACCACCUCUCCCAGCACGGAGUGUUUUCUGAAAAAGAAAUGAGGUUUUAUGCUACUGAAAUCAUCCUGGGGUUAGAGCACAUGCACAAUCGCUUCGUGGUGUACAGAGACCUGAAGCCUGCAAAUAUCCUGCUGGAUGAACAUGGGCACGUGAGGAUAUCAGACCUUGGGCUGGCUUGUGACUUUUCCAAAAAGAAGCCACAUGCCAGUGUAGGAACCCACGGGUACAUGGCCCCCGAGGUGCUGCAGAAGGGCACAGCCUACGACAGCAGCGCCGACUGGUUCUCCCUGGGCUGCAUGCUCUUCAAGCUGCUGAGGGGGCACAGCCCUUUCAGGCAGCACAAAACCAAAGAUAAGCACGAGAUCGACCGGAUGACGCUCACCGUGAACGUGGAGCUCCCGGAUUCCUUUUCUCCUGAGCUGAAGUCCCUUCUGGAAGGGCUCCUGCAGAGGGAUGUGAGCAAGAGGCUUGGAUGCCAAGGAAGAAGCGCACAAGAAGUAAAGGAACAUCCUUUCUUCAAAGGCAUUGAUUGGCAGCAAGUCUAUUUACAGAAGUACCCUCCCCCCUUGAUUCCUCCCCGGGGAGAAGUCAAUGCAGCAGAUGCUUUUGAUAUUGGCUCCUUUGAUGAAGAGGACACUAAAGGCAUUAAGUUGCUUGAUAGUGACCAGGAGUUAUAUAAGAACUUCCCUCUGGUAAUAUCGGAGCGUUGGCAGCAAGAAGUAGCAGAAACUGUUUAUGAUGCAGUAAAUGCAGACACAGAUAAAAUUGAGGCCAGAAAAAGGGCUAAAAAUAAGCAGCUUGGCCACGAGGAAGAUUAUGCCCUGGGGAAGGACUGUAUCAUGCAUGGGUACAUGCUCAAGCUGGGGAACCCCUUCCUGACUCAGUGGCAGCGGCGUUACUUUUACCUCUUCCCCAACCGGCUGGAAUGGAGAGGAGAAGGAGAGUCCCGGCAAAACCUGCUGACAAUGGAACAAAUAGUAUCUGUUGAAGAAACACAAAUUAAAGAUAAGAAAUGCAUCUUACUGAGAAUUAAAGGAGGAAAACAGUUUGUCCUACAGUGUGAGAGCGACCCUGAGUUUGUUCAGUGGAAAAAAGAGCUGACAGAGGCUUUCACCGAGGCCCAGAGGUUGCUGCGCCGGGCUCCAAAGUUCCUCAAUAAAUCCCGCUCCACAGUCGUAGAGCUCUCGAAGCCCCCGCUCAGCCACAGGAACAGCAACGGGCUGUAGGAGACACCGACCACAUUCCCCCAGGGAAAAGCUGCUUGGUGAACCUGCAGAGCGUCCCAGAACCCUUGUGAACGAGUGAAUGACUUUGUGCGGUCCUGGCUGCGGGAUGUGCCCGGGAGAGGAGGGAUCCGAUGUUUACAGCGUGGGAUCACGUCAGGACUCUGUCUCUGGAGGCUGGAAGGGUGGCAGGAGUGGGGACACCCUGCCCCUGGCAGCGCUGGAAGUCACCAAGUGGAGAGGCUGCUCCUUGCUCCCACGCGUCCCCAUCCCCGGCAGGGCCCGGCUGAGCUCCGUCCCUCUGGAACUACUGAUGGAAGGAAGAGGUUUUUUUUUGUUUUGUUUUGUAUUUUUUUUUUUUUUUCCCUGCCGUGCCCUGGCUCGGUGGCACCGGGCCGGGGGUGGCACGGGUGCUGCUGGCUGAGUGACACUCCCGUGGUGACACCGACGGAGCCGGAGCUGCCGCCUGGCCGUGGUGGGUGCCCCUCACUCUGUCGUGUUGCCGUGUCCUUCCCGACCAUUACUGCUGACUCUCUGAUAACCUUUGCUCCAUACUGCUGAUGAUCAACAGUGUGACUCUGAUGCACUUCAAAGUACUGAAUUCUAACUGUCCUGUGGUUUAAAUGUUAUUGCUACUUCAUGGGAGCGUUGAACUCGAAUUAUUCCCUGGGUUUGUUGUACUCACUAAUAGUAGCUACCACCGUUUUGCUUCUUCUACGUAUAUGCAGUACUAUAACUGACACAAUAGAGUAAUAAUUGGUGAAGAGGAAUUUAUGGUAGCUUCAUCUAGUGCUCUGUUGUAUAAAUUGACUAUUUUAGCACAGUUUUUAAAGAGCAGAUUCCUUUUGACAAGUUUACAGUGAACAUAAAAGACAGUUCUUUUCCAUUUCAGGUCAACUGCACUUUUUAAAAAAAAAAAAUUAAAAAGAAAUUAUUCAAAUCCAGUGCAUUUUAGAGCAUGUGCUGGGUUCUGGUGUGUGUGGGUACCUCGGUACGUGUCCCAUCUCACUCCUCAGUCCUGGGACUCGGGAUCCUCCUCUGGUGUACACAGGUGUGUUCCUAUAGCAUAGAAAUCCCCAGAAAUCCCCAGUUCCCCCUGGAGCCCGGUCCAGGAGGUUCAUGCACAUAUCACAGCUCGGCUUGGGAAAGGAUCUCUCAUUUUCUGUUCUGAAGAGUUCAAACUGCCCACAGUGAAAGUAGUGUGAGAAAACUAGAGUGUGGAGCUGACAGAACGAGCUGAUCAAAUGCCAGGUUUGUGUUAAUUGCAGCUGAAGCAUCAGGUGUGUUGGGUGGAAAGUCUUGCUGAAGGAAGGAUCUAAUCCUGAGCUGUCACACAGCUCCAAGCUGGGCCUUGCCCUGGGUGUCGUGUUGGUUUGUAAGAGAGACGUCAGGGCUGAACUUAAGCUUUUUUUGUCCAAUUCAGUGAACAGCUUAGAGAAGAUUUUUCUUCCCAGCUACAGAGGUACAACUCUCACAGUCCCUGGAGACAGUGGAGUUGUGCCUGUGUAAGUGGGAGCAGAAUUUGUGCGUGGUUUGUCGAGCGUGUGUGGCUGUCAGAUCACCACAGGGUUCCUUGGAGAAAAGUAGUAAAAGUGGCUCUGUUUGCUUCUUCAUGGGAGCUGGGUUUGCUGCAGAGCUUGUACAAACCCAGCCUCACCACCUGGGGAUGCACCAAAGGGAAAAUGCAUUCUGGAAAAUACCCCCUGUGAGUCAGUGGUUCCUUUCAAUGAUUUCCUCCCCCAUUUUUUUUCCAAAUUAUUCUGUGUAAAUAGUACCAGCCUCUCUGUCAUUCCUGUUGAGCAUCUCAACUCCUCUGCAAGGAGCAGUGUCAGAGGUGAUGGGUCAGAGGUUGGACUUGAUGAUCUUGGAGGUCUUUUCCAACCUAAAAUGAUUCCAUGAUUCUUUGUGUGAUAUUUUAAAAGUGUUUGGGAUAGAAAAUGUCUCAUCCCGCUGGCCGUGGUUCAGCUUUCCCUACAAUACCAUGCAAUGCUCGUAUUUUUCUCCUUGAUUUAGAAAAAAGCCCUCAGAUGGUGUUAAAACCUUCUCACUGUUCUUGUGUAACUUGUUUUUACUUUCUUAGUCCCUGCUCAGUUCCAUUCUUCUCCUUCAGUUAUUUUCCAUGGCUGGAUUUCACUCUCACCCCCUGUCAGCAGAUUCCGGUGCCGAUGUCAGUGAGGGAGGAGCAGGUCAUCAGCUGGGAAACUGUGCCUCAAACCAGAGAUUUUAUAUGAAAUGAAGGCUGUGUAUUGACUUAGGGAAACACAUCUAUCUUGGAAUGUGAUGGAGUUGGGAUGGCCCUGGAAUAUCCCUGGAAUAUCCUCAUUAUUGUGGUCCUUGCUGCCCCAUCCACCUCCAGUGGGAGGGGCAGGAAAAGAUUUGGAUUUCUUUAGCCAGCUAAUUUAUUGACAGUUGAAAAUCUGAUUAAUUGACAAUUGAAAAUAGCUUUAUUUUUGUGACUUGUAUCUAACUGUGCAGCUAGGAGAGGAGAGGUUAUCACAGUGACAAACUCCUGAAUGAAGGUGGGAUCACAGGAAGAAGUGGGGCUCUGUGUGGAAGUGACUGGACAUGCUGGUGUGGAGGCAGAGCUGGAACUGCACCCACUGAACCAAAAAAUCCUGGAUACUACCCCAGACUGCUCCUUCCUAGUGCAGGAACCAGAAUCUCUGAAGUUUUUGUUUUGAACAAAGAUUCCUGGUUGGUUCAAUUCUCAGGAGGGUCUUUGGCUGUGUGUUUAGGAUCCCUUGUUUAUUUGCUAAUUAUUUUGCAAAUUCAUGAAACUGUUAAAGGAACAUUCACUGUGGGGUGUUUUUUGUGGUUUUUAUUUUCAAUCUUUCAUCCAAGUGUUGGCCAUCCACUACUCCAAGUGCAUAUCUUCUUCCUCUUAGUUGUGUUUGAGUUUUUUGUGUUCUUGUCCCUGGUCCAGCAGAGCCUCAGCUGCAGGCUCAUGGGUUCUUCCCAAAAUGCUGCAGUUGAGAGAAGCUGGAGGAAUGCUGGAGUGGAUCCAGCUGGGAUUGACAUUCCUGGUAUGUUCCCCCACCCCCCAGCAGGCUUCAAAAAAUCUUGGAGCAGGCUAAUAAUAGCUGGAAGUGUGUCUGGAAAGGGAAGCCUGGCAGGUAGGGAGGGAGGGAGCAGCUUCAGGGAUAGACCUUGGCUUAAUCACAUUCAAGUUUUCCUUAAUUUCUUGGGGCUGUCCUGAGCAGGGGCAGGAGCUGGACUCUGAUGAUCCUUAUGGGUCCUUUCCAGCUCAGGAUAUUCCAUGACUCUGUGAUUCAGCACCUCCCCUUUAGAAACCCAGUGAAAGGUUUUUCCUCUCCCACUUCUGUCAAGGGGGGAAAACCCAGAAAUUAAACUGUGAGGUUGGGUUUGGCUUGGAGAUAAAUCAGGUGUUUGCAGCCCAGUGUGGAGGUGGUGGAAACACUGGUUUGUGCUACAAAAGGCUUGCUUUGGUUGUGAUCCUGGCUGCUGCUGGUGCCCAGAGGAUGGGGAUGAUGGGGGCUGAUGUUCCCUGAGCAGGUCCAGCCCCGGUGCUGGGGUGACUCCAUCAUCAUUCCUCCACCUACAGUGAAUCAGCUCAUGAGGAAUGAAAUCCCUGGAGCUCUGACUUGCUCUUUCCCUGGCAGCUGGUCAGCUUUAGGGCCAGGUUCCUUGAUUCCAUGUCCAUAUCUGUGUCCUGCAGCCGUUGGCACGGGGGUGUCACCUCCCAGCACGUGGCAGUGACACUGCUCCUUUGCCUCUGAGGUGUUUGCAUCCAAAAUACCCCCAGAGGAAGGACUGUUUGAAGUGUACAGUAGACAAUAAAUAAUUCUACUUGUGUUGAUUAAUAUAAGGAAUGAGUCAGUUCUACAAAUUAAAGAAAAUCUGAAAAGCAUAUUUUGACAAAGCAUAGUAUUAAUUUUAAUAUUGUAAAAAAAAAAAAGGAAAGUAUCUAAAAUAUACAGAGAAAAUAUGUAUAUCCAAAUGUCUGAGGAGUUUCAAGAUAAUCUACUUUUGUUUCCUGUUGGUUUCUAUUCCAUGGUGUACAUAUUGUGUGGAUGGAACAUUGGCUGUUUUAAUACUAUUGUUAAAUUGUAUUUUUAUUUUGUGUUAAACUAAUCAUCACAGACUCAGCUUUAUUUUGUUUAUGUAAAGGUUGCUAUUCUCUGUAGGUAUAAACCCGAGAAUUCUAUUUUAACAGAAAAAGCAUUUUAUAUUAUUUAUUAAAUACAUGUUUCUCCAACUUCUGACAUUCCACAGAAUUUCUGCUCCGUAUGUGUAUGGAAGUGGCAGCUCCUUUCAAGUAGGAUCAGCCAGCUUUAUUCUGUUUUUCAUGACAAAAUAGGGAUAGAUUCCCUGAGACUGUGCAGCCCUUCUCUCCCAGCACAGGGACCCCAGGCUCUGUCAGGACCAUCUCAGGUGGCUCCUGAAUGCAGAAACACCUGGAAGAC